CCCAAUUUAAAUCUGAACUGGGAAAACGAGAUGCAGAUUAUAAAGCUGAACUAUCAAAACAUGAUGCUGAACAUAAAGCUGAAAUAGAAAAAUUAGAAUCUAAAUUACAACAGAAAUCACAAGUAUUUGCUUCACAAAUUAGACAACCGAAGGCUCCACCAUCAAAUUUAAAAACGGAAGAAGAUUAUGAAAAAUAUUAUUUAGCAAAAUUCUUUAAAGAUUUAGAUGGUGGAAGUAAAAUCGGAGGAGUGAAUGAUGCAACAAUUAAUGCCCUUGGGUGGAAAGCUGAUAAGCCAUCUGACUUUGCUAUAAAAGGUAACUCCAAACAUAUCACUGAAUCAUUGGGAUGGUUUACAGAUGUGCCAGUCAGUAUAAAGGAUAAGGAUGGUAAAACUGUCACAGCUAUUGGAAAUUUUACACAUAUUGAUAAUGGUGAACCCGAACCAAUGUUAUGUUUAGGUAUGACAUGGAUUCGAAAAGUUCAAGGUAUUUUUGACCCAAAUAAAAACCAAUUCCGAAUGAAGUUACAUGGUAAGUCUUACAUUAUCCCAACUUUUAACAAGGCUCCAGAAGCAUUAGAUCCACCAAAAGAGAAGCAAGAUUUAUUGCCUCAAGUAUCUAUUGCAAAGCAAUGGCUCUCUGAGCCUACCAUCUCAUCUAACUCAACUAAUGAGGAAGACUUAAAAAAAAAAGUGUGA